AUCAGGUAAGAGUAUCCAUGCGGACUGGCCCAUUCCACUAGACCAGCUCUACCAUGAACGCGAAUUUUUUAUUCGUGGGUCUUUGCGAGCCGACACUCAAGCUAGGAUUAUGCAACCCUAGCCCGUCUGCCGUGCUUGUGGGCGCCACACUUGAAGUCUCUCCAUAAAUUUCAUGCUGUCAUCUCCUUCCUUGAUUUCUUCAAGAAUUGGAUCUUGAUUCAAUGCAAGCCCAAUGCGUGACACGCGUCAGGCUAAUACCCAAAGCGUGGCACUUUCACUUUUACUCUCUCAUCAAUCCUUUGAGGCCUCAAAAAUCAAAUCUUUUUCAAACCCUAACCCUAGAAAUGGUGACGCACUCGGGUUCUGCCAAGAGACCCAUGUGCCCAUCGUGCUCAAAGCCCACCCGUCUCUGCCUCUGCACCCGCCUCAAGACCCCGCGGCUCCACAACUCCGUGGCCGUCACGAUUCUUCAGCACAGUCUAGAGAAGAAUCACCCCCUCAAUUCCACAAGAAUAGCAUCAAUUGCCCUCGAGAAUCUCAGCGUAAUCCCAGUUUCUGAUGUCAAUUUCCAAGCCGAGUUUUCUAUCCGCUUACUUUGCCCAAAUCCUGAAAUGGGUGUUGCUAAUUUGGAUGAAAGUGGUGGGGAAUGCAGAGAUAUAAUGAAGCAAAGUGAUUGCAGUGUUGAUUUGAAGCCCAGUAGUGAAGUAAUAUCUGACAGUAAAAGUGAGAUUUUCAAUGGGAAUGGUGAAAAGGCUGUUGUUUUUACAGUUGAGAAGCAGGGAAGAAUAGCAUCUUUCCAAGAUUGUUGGAAGGUGGAAAAUGGAGUGGCAAGAUGGGAUUUUGAUCACCUGUUGGGCUGUAGAGAAGCUGUGAGUGAUUUGGGGAAAGGGUUUGUGGUGAAAAAGCUGCAAAGAAACAUUGAGUUUGAAGAGAAAGAAGAGUUUGAAAUUGCAGUUCCUGCAGGAUCUGUGCUGCUUUUUCCCAGUGAAAAAUCAGGUGGCGUUGAAGGGCUAGAUUUUGAGGUGAAGAAUUUGAUUGUGUUGGAUGGGACGUGGGCGAAGGCGAGGAGAAUGUACAACGAGAAUCCAUGGUUGAAGCUUUUGCCUCAUCUGAAAUUGGACAUGGAUAGGCUGAGCUUGUAUGGCGAAGUGAGGCAUCAACCAAAACAGGGAUGCUUGUCUACCAUUGAAAGCAUUGUUUAUGCACUCAAGGCUGUAGGUGAAGAAGAUUUGGAGGGCUUGGAUUGUUUGCUUGAUGUCUUUGCUUCCAUGGUUGGAGAUCAAAGGCGAUGCAAAGAUGAAAGAUUGAAAAAACCAUAUUCAAUAAAUGAAUAAACCACACUCUUAGCAUAUUCACUCUAUUCAAUUGUUUUUGUAAAAGAUUAACUUUCUAAUCUUCUAUUCCUUAUCAAUGCUACAUGAACAUUGAAACACUGUUGGUACUAUCUGUAAUUGAGAGAGGUAUUAUUGAUGCAAUUGUUAUAUCCUAAUACAAAAAUUUUGUACCUUCAAUUAAAA